AUGGGACUGGAGAGAGUUGAAGUAGAGAACUUCAAGUCGUAUGCGGGAUUUCAUAUUAUUGGGCCUUUUGAUAGGUUCACUUGCAUUGUCGGGCCAAAUGGAUCGGGGAAGAGCAAUAUAAUGGAUGCUGUGACAUUUUGCCUUGGGAUUGGAUCCAAGCACCUCCGAGCUAACAAUAUUAGGAGCCUGAUCAACGGUGGAUCCAGCCAUGCCAGUGUGGCACUUCACAUCGAAGGGUCUGGAGAGAGGAGAGUCUUUAAGAGGAGGAUUAGUAGUGAAGGGCGAAGCCAGUACUUUGUGGAUUCUGAGAGUGUUGGGUAUGAGAGGUUCAGAGAGGUUGUUGAGGGGAUGAAUCUGCUGGUUGAUGCCCGAAACUUCCUGGUGUUCCAAGGGGAUGUCAAUGCGAUAGGAAACAUGAUGCCGAUGGAGCUUACAAGGGUAUUUGAAGAAGCAAGUGGAAGCCUGAAGCUUAAGGAGGCUUAUGAGGAGAAGCAGAGGGCACAGGCAAAGGCUGUGAGUGAAUGUGCGUCGCUGUUUGAGGAGAAGAAAGAGGUGAUGAGCCGGAUGAAGGAGGCUGAAGAGGUUCGAGAGCAAGAAGGAGAGUUUCGAAAGCUAGUGGAGAGGAAGCAUAAGGUGCAGAGAGAUAUAGUGCUGUAUGAACUUAUGGAGAAGAGGAAUAAGAAGAAAGACAUAAGCAAUGAAAUGUUGAGUCUUGGGCAGGAAAGUAGAAAGAUGGAGGAGUUGGUAUGCAAAAAGGAGAAGGAGGUUGAAAAGCAUAGAGGAAGGAUAAGUGAGAUCAGGAGAAGGUAUUUUGAGGCCGAUGCCCUAGUGUCGAAACAGAAGGAAGUGGUGGCGGAAAGAAGAGCAUGGAAGUCCUUAGGGGAGUCAGAGAGGAGUAAGAGAAGAGUACGGAUUGCGGAGAUUGAAAUGGAAAUCAGGGCGGGACAGGAAAUGAUGGGGGGAAAGAAGAGAGAGAUUGAGAGGAGAAGGAGAGAUCUGGCAGGAGUUGCCGAAGGGUAUUCUGAGCUAUGGAGGGAAGAGGAAGAAAGAAAAGAACGGCUGAACGGAGUUAAGGAGAAAGAAGAGGAGAUUGAAAAGAGAGAAAAGGAAUUUCUUCGGAUGUGUGGAGAGGAGAGGGAGAGAUUGAAUACUCUGGAGAUGGAAGAAUUUCCUCGGCAAAUGAUGAAAGAUGAUUGCAUAAGGAAGAUUGGCAACUUGAAGGAGAGAAGCGAAGAAUUGGAAAGUAUGAUCAAGGAAAAGAAGAUGAUCCGGGGAAAUACUGGAGUGAAGAUAGAUGCGCUUGAAAGAUCUUCGGAAGAGUUGGGGAGGAAGAUAUUACAUCACGAGGAAAAGUACUCAAGGCUUAUCUCUGAGGAGAAGGAAAAAAAUGAGGAGCUUUCGUGGGUGCUUGGAGAGAUUCUGCGCAUCAAAGGGAAGAGAAGAAUUGAUGGACGGCAUUCUGUGAUUGCAGGGGCUGUGGAGACUCUUAGGGAGAUGUUUCCUGGGGUGUAUGGAAGGGUUGUUGAUCUGAUUAAGCCCACCCGAGACAAAUACGAGAUUGCAUUGUCGGUGCUUUUGGGAGGGCAUGAUCAAUCUGUUGUUGUUGACACAGAGGUGACAGCGAUGUCGUGUAUCAACUUUAUAAAGGAGAAGAAGCUGUGCAAGAUGACGUUUGUUCCUCUGCACAGCAUCCGAGACCAGGGAGAUGGUAGAGAUGUGGAGAAUGCUGUGGAGAAGUAUGGAGAAGGGGUAAGAAGAGCAUCGGAUGCGGUUAAAUACGAUGGGAAGUAUAAGAAGAUAGUAUCUUUUCUAUUUCGAGAAAAGCUAAUAGCAGAUAGCAUGGAGAUAGCCAAGGAUAUUUGCUAUGGAAGAAAAAUCAAGGUGAGUGUGUGUACGUUGGAUGGGAUCUACAUAUACGGAGGAGGAUAUUUGAUAAGCGGAGGAGGAGAAGGACGAAACAAGUUCCAGGAGGAUGAGCUGGAUGAACUAGUGAAGAAAAGGAUGAGGAUUUUAGACGAGCUUCGGCGAAUCCAAGAUGGCAAGAAUGAGCUUUCUCAUGUUGAGAUAUGUAGAGAAAGAAUGGAGGUUUGGAAAAAGAGCAAGGAGUUGGAAAUGGAGACUUUGAGGGAGCUGGACUCGUGCAUUGAGGAUCUGGAGCUCCGGAUUGGAGAAAAUAAAAGGAUGUUGGAAGAAACAGAGGAGUGUUUGAAACGAACAGAAGAGGAGAUGGGGCAGUCUGAAGUUUAUCUAAAGGAGCUUCGAAAGAAAAUCGAAGAAGUGGAAUCUUCUGUGUUUUGCGGAAUAUUUCCAAAUGCCUACUUCGGAAGCUUUGAAGAGUACAAGAAGGCUCGGGAGAGUGAAGCUUUUGCACUGAAAAGUAUGGAGUAUGAGGGAAUAAAGGCAAAGACUGAGCUUAGGAUUGAGAUGCUGGAACGGGAGGUAAGGGACCUAGAAGAGGAAACAGAAAGACUUCGAAGGGAAGUAGAAGGAUUGAGUAAAGAUCCCUGCCGCGAUGAAAUAGACAUCGAUGCAUUGGAUUCGGAGCUCAUGAUUCUUGAAGAGGGAAGAAGAAAAAAUCUUGAGGCUUUUAAAAAGGCUCGGGACGAGUUUAAAGAGAUCAAUGAGGAGUUCAAAGAGUUGGUUGACCGUAGAAAUGAACUUGAUCAGCAGAUAAUCCACAGCACAUCUGCUCGAGAGCGUCUUGAAGAAGAGAUUAAGGACACCCUGAGCUUUGCAGUUCUCGAGGAGAUUGAUCUCCCUUGUGCAAAGAGGAUGUCGAUGGGGGAGAUUUCUGUGGAUGAGAUAGACUUCUCUGGACUGGAAGGGAGUGUCUCGAAACUUCGAAAGGAGCUGGAGGAAAUCAACCAAAAGAUAAGCAGCCAGGCACCUGUGAUAAGAAUGGAGGAAAGAGAUGGAGAUAAUGCUAGAUACAUGAGGAUAAGCGCAGAAUACGAAAAGCGAAAGGCAAUGGCAAUUGCUGCCAAGAAUGAGUUCAACGAGGUGAAGAAAAGAAGAACACACUUGUUCAUGGAGUGUUUUGAGAAGGUCAAUAAGGAGAUAUCAAGGAUAUACAAGCUUCUUACAAUGACCGAGACAGGUGAAGGAAAUGCAUACCUGGUCCUUGAAAACACAGCUGAACCCUUCAGAGAAGGCAUUAGAUUCCAUCUGAUGCCUCCAAACAAGAGAUUUCGAGAAGUUAGACUGCUUUCAGGAGGAGAAAAGACUAUGGCUGCUUUGUCCCUCCUCUUCUCUCUCCAUGCGUACAGGCCUGCUCCCUUCUAUUUAUUUGACGAGGUGGACUCUGCCUUGGACAAGGCUAAUGUGUCGAAGAUUGUGUCCUUCAUAGUUUCGUGUAACGCCCAGUUUAUCCUCAUCACCCUAAAGCCAUCUCUAUUCCAACAUAGCGAUGGCCUGGUUGGAGUGUACAAGGAUCCUCGCGAAGGUGUGAGUAAGGUUCUUACCUAUAGAUUGGGAGACUGA